AUGAUUCCCUUCCUUCUCUUGGCCUUGCCUGUGGCUUCGCAGACCGUGCGUGACAAAAUCGAAGGUGCCUUCUUUGGUGCAUUGGUGGCAGACGCCUUUUGCUUGGGUUCCCACUACGAGUACGAUGCUAAGGUUAUCAAGCAGGCAUAUGGCGGCAUCAUCCAGCGCUUCAUGGCCCCUGGCGAAUCCAUGGGCGGCACAACGCACGGCGUGGGAUGGGGCAGGCGGAAUUACCACCCUGGGCAGAAAGCAGGAGAUCAGACAGACUAUGGCGAGUACAACCUCAUAGGCCUGGAGUAUUUGGCUUCCAGAAGCGCUUCGGAUACGUCUCCAAUCAGGCUCGAUGGCCUGAUUCCGCAUUGGAAAGAGCGAGUGACGGCGAAGUCCUGGGGCGCCUGGCUUUGCACGCAGACCAAGCAGACCUUGGCGCAGGUGUGGCAGAAUGUACCCUAUGACCAGCUGGGCGGCAACUCAAAUGCAAUGGCAUUGAGACAUGCUGCUGCUUAUGCCGUGUUUGACACGGAGGAAGGGGUUGCGAAAGCUGCUCGCACGCUGAUGUUCACGCACAGGAACUCUGAAGCCCUCGGCGGUGGCGAGUUUUUUGCUCGCGUCGCCUUCCGAGUCAUUCAUCAGGGCUUGACGCCUCGGCAGGCAAUUGAGCAGGUGGCCGAGCAGAUGCCCCGCUACAAGGAGAAGGCCAAGCAGGGAAUUGCCAAGUUUCAGGAGGCCACAGACCCCACAAAGCCUUUGUCCAAAGAGGAGUUUGUCGAUGAUUUGGCGAUGACUUCCAUGGCCCGCCUCUGGGAUGUGGGUAAGAGUGAGCCAAUCAAGGUGGGCAAAGCAUCUCCCACCGAAGGGACGCUUCCGGGUAGCAUCUACAUAAUUUUGAAGUAUGAAGAAGACCUUAUCGGCGGCCUCAAGGCCAACGCGAUGGUUGGGGGCGACAAUGCAGCACGAUCCGUAGCCAUUGGCCUUGUCCUCGGGGCCUACCAUGGCAUCAAGGCGAUCCCACAGGAGCUGCUGUCCACCCUGAACGCACGACCCAAGGCCGAGAAGCUGCUGCGACGGCUUCCUUUGCUGCGUGAGUCCAGUGAGCUUUAG